GGCAGCAGCCACGCACCACGAGCAGCAGUGUUGUGGUGCGUGUGAGAAGUUUGAUAUUUAGUGAGUUACCUGCUCAACUCUGACUCUGUGAAGACCCGGAACAGCGGCGGAGCAGCAGCCGCUUCCUGCUGCAGUGUGACGGCCGUGAGGGAGUGACAGCCCCCGGAGGAGCAGCAGGAGCAGCAGCAGGAGCAGCAGGAGGAGGACCGACUGACUGACUGUCAUGUAGCCGAGGCAGGAGAAUGAGCGCUCGGCAGCAACCCACUCCAGCUGAGGAUGGGACAGAGGAGCACACGGUCCAGCAGGAGAACGAGCUGGAAGCCCUCGCCUCUAUCUUCGGAGAGGACUUCCAGGAUCUGCGGAACAAGGACCCGUGGAAGGUUAAAAGAGCCCCAGAGGUCCACCUCUGUCUGCGGCCCAACGGGCUCAACACGGGGCAGGAGAGCCACGUGACUGUGGAGCUGCAGGUCAAGUGUCCCCCCACUUAUCCAGACGUGCCUCCAGAGCUCGAGCUGCAGAAUGCUAAAGGCCUCUCAAACGAAAACCUUGAGACCCUGAAUCGUGAACUCAACAAGCUGGCAGCAGUGCGAUGUGGGGAGGUGAUGAUUUACGAGCUAGCGGACCAUAUCCAGGGCUUCCUGAGUGAGCACAACAAGCCUCCGUCAAGCUCCUUCCACGAGGAGAUGCUGAAGAACCAGCGGAGGCAGCAGGAGAAAGAGGCCCAGGAGGUGCAACUGAAGAGGGACAAGAAACGGCGGCAGGAGGAGGAGAUGGAAAAAGAGAUUAUGGCUGAAAUCCUAAGACGUGAAGAGGAGAAGCGAGAGGAAAAGAGAAGAAAGGAAAUUGCCAAACAGGAGCGACUCGAGACUAUUGAACAGCCAGUCCCUGCCAACUCUCCCCUGUUGAGGAGGAGCCCCCCGAGCCCAGGAGGAGCUGCACCUGAACUUUCCGAAGCAAAGAAAGGAGGCAGCAACCGCCGCCGCACUACCUCCAACACACGCCACAGACGUGACACGACCAACGAAGACAACCACCGUUCACAGGAGCUUCUUCACUUCUAUAGCAGCACUUCCGGGGAGCUUGUCGUCCACAAAGGGAAAAGUUUAGGUGGAAGCGAGAGGCUCGGCCGUAACGUUUAUUAUGGAUUCGAGGCCAACUCGGGAGACUUUGCUGUGGUGUACGAGUGGUCGCUGGGCUGGAACAAGAACAUGGGCAAGUUCCUCACCAGCCAGGAGAAAGAAAAGAUUGACAACUGUAAAAAGCAGAUCCAUGCGGCAGAAAAUGAGUUCAACUCCCUCCUGAGGCUGGAUCACCCCAACCUGCUGCACUACAUGGCGCUGAGCUCCAUCGAGAAGGACGACUGCCUCGUGGUUAACCUGCUGGUGGAGCAUGUUUCCGGGGUCAACCUGAACCAAAGUCUGGUCAACCAAACUCCGGUCCCGCUGGAUAAACUCUGCCAUUACACGUCCCAGCUGCUGGCUGCACUCGACUACCUCCACUCCAACUCUGUCGUCCACAAGCAGCUGGGGGCCUCCAGCGUGCUGCUGGACUCCGAGGGCAACGUCCGGCUGACCGAUUACAGCUUGUCAAAGAGAUUCGCCGACAUCUGCAAAGAGGACAUCUUCGAGCAGGGUCGCGUGCGUUUCUCGGAGGAUACAGCGAUGCCGACGAAGACGGGGAAGAAAGGGGACGUGUGGAGCCUGGGGCUGAUGCUGCUCGCUCUGAGUCAGGGGAACGAAGUGAGGGAGUAUCCAGUGGUGGUACCAACCACCCUGCCUGAUGACUUCAAGGACUUCCUCAACAAGUGUGUGUGCCUGAAUGAUGCUGACCGCUGGACGCCCCAGCAGCUGCUGGACCACUCCUUCCUCAAGCCUCCGUCACCCAAAAACCUGCCUCAGUGCCAGGACGCCAGUUCAGAAGAUCUCGCUGUGGACUUUGCGUCGUCGGUCAUCCCGCAGAGUCACAUCCUCGAUCACCUGUUCAUCUCCGGUGUGCAACGGCAGUUUUCACGCUACUUUGAUGAGUUUGAGGAGCUGCAGCUUUUGGGAAAAGGAGCUUUUGGUGCCGUGAUCAAGGUUCAGAACAAAUUGGACGGCUGUAACUACGCUGUGAAGAGGAUCCAGGUCAACCCAGCCAGCAAGCAGUUCAGACGAAUCAAAGGAGAGGUGACGCUGCUCUCGCGCCUAAACCAUGAGAAUAUUGUUCGCUACUACAACGCGUGGAUCGAGCGGCAUGAGAAGCCCUCCUUAGGGGUGCUGAGCAACACCGACAGCUCAGAGCCUCAGAGCAGGGCCGACAAGCUUACUCCAGGUCGAGGUCCUCCGCGGCUCCUCAAUGAACUCGGCUUCCCAGACAACGCGGAAGAUAUAGCACCACCUCCAGCCCUGUCCAGCUCUGUGGAGUGGUCCACCUCCAUCGAGAAGUCCACCAGCGCCAUGUGUAGUGGACACCAGUCUAGCGAUGAUGAUGAGGAGGAGGAUGAUGAAGAAGAAAAUGUGUUUGGUUCUUUUUAUUUGCCGUCAGAUAGUGACUCGGGGAGUGACAUCAUCUUUGACAAUGGGGGCGAAAGCACAGACGAGAUGUCACAGCUUCAGUCAAGGCCAGUGACCGACACAACAGAGAGCACAGAUUCAGAUCAACCUCCCCAGAUAGCACAUUACCUGUACAUACAAAUGGAAUACUGUGAAAAAAGCACUUUAAGAACCACAAUAGACCGCGGCCUGCACGAGGACCAGACUCGGUUAUGGAGGCUGUUCAGGGAAAUACUAGACGGUCUUGCUUACAUCCACGAGCAGGGGAUGAUUCACAGGGAUUUGAAGCCUGUCAACAUCUUCCUUGACUCGCAGGACCAUGUGAAGAUCGGAGACUUUGGCCUAGCUACUGACCAUCCUGCUAACGUGGCGGCAGGUAAAUGUGAAGUGGAGGAGGUCGGCUCUGCAGCGAUGGCCAAACCGGACCCAACAGGUAACAUGACAGGCAUGGUUGGCACUGCCCUCUACGUCAGUCCAGAGGUUCAAGGAAAUACUAAAGCCACCUACAACCAAAAAGUGGACCUCUUCAGUUUGGGAAUCAUCCUCUUCGAGAUGUCAUACAGGCCGAUGACCACCGGGGCGGAGCGCAUCUCUGUCCUGAGUCAGCUGCGUGUUGAGCCCAUCUUCUUUCCUGAGGACUAUACUGCAUAUGAACAGGGAACUCAGAGAACGGUGAUACAGUGGCUGUUGAACCACGACCCAGCCCUGCGGCCCACCACCCAGGAGCUGCUCAAGAGUGAACUGCUGCCUCCGCCUCAGAUGGAGGAGUCGGAGCUGCAUGAGGUGCUGCAGCACACCAUGGCCAAUAUCAAUGGCAAGGGGUACCGCACCAUGGUGGGUCAGCUGUUCUCUCAGAACACCUCGCCGGUCAUGGACUUCACCUACGACAUUGAUCUACAUAAGGGCAGCUUCAGCUUGAACGGGGCCAAAUUGCAGCAGCAUGUGUUUGAAACAAUCACCAGGAUCUUCAAGAAGCAUGGUGCGGUGCGUCUCCAGACACCGCUGCUCCUCCCCAGAAACAGGAAGCUGUAUGAUGGCAGCGAGCUAGCCUGCUUCAUGGACCACAGUGGAAUGCUGGUUACGCUGCCCUAUGACCUUCACAUGCCGUUUGCCAGAUUUGUCGCCCGCAACAAUGUGACGCACCUGAAACGGUACAGCAUUGAACGCGUGUUCCGCUCCAGGAAGCUGGAUCGUGCUCACCCGAGGGAGCUCCUGGAGUGUGCCUUUGAUAUCAUCACGCCCGUCACCAACAGCUUGCUCCCUGAUGCUGAGACCAUUUACGCCAUCUCUGAAAUAGUCCAGGAAUUCCCUGCACUUCAGGAAAGGAACUAUAAUAUUUACCUGAACCACACCAGCAUGUUGAAGGCCAUCCUUCUGCACAGCGGAGUCCCCGAGGACAAACUGACCCAGGCCUCCAUCAUACUGUGUGACGCCAUGAGUGACAAGCUGACCAGACGGGAGGUGGAGGCCAAGUUCUGCAACUUCUCAUUGUCGACAAACAGCUUGCAGACUCUCUACAAGUACAUCGAGCUGAAGGGAAACCUGCAGGACCUGCUGCCACUGCUGAUGCCACUCACCAAACAGAAGACUGCCGUCACCCAGCUGGCCAAGCAGGCCCUCAAGGACCUGGAGGAGCUCACGGUGCUGCUGCAUAGACUUGGAGUUAAACUGCAGGUGGUGGUCAACUUGGGCUUGGUGUACAAGAUGCAGCACCACUCUGGGGUCGUCUUCCAGUUUGUGGCUUUCAUCAGGAAACGCAAGCGAACUGUACCAGAUAUCGUUGCUGCUGGAGGACGCUACGACCACUUGAUCCUGGAGUUUCGAGGACCAGCCUCCACAGUACCAGUCCCUUCUGCAGUUGGGGCCAGUUUGGCUCUGGACAAAGUCUGCGCUGCUAUAGCCAACAUGGAAGAGCCACCUUCUGUGAGCUCCUGCGACGCCCUCGUGGUCCCAGUGGGACAUUCUUCCAUGCCCAAAGCCAUCAGCGUCGUGCAGAGGCUGUGGAGCACCGGCGUCUCUGCGGACAUCGCCUACGAUGUGUCACAGUCUCAGGAGACGUUGUUCGACCACUGCAAGCUGGCUGGCAUCACCUGCAUGGUCCUGGUGUCUGACAAGGAAGGAAGCUAUGUGAAGGUAAAAUCCUUUGAGAGGGACAGGCAGUCGGAGAAGCGUAUCCCUGAGUCGGACUUGGUGGACCACAUCAUUCAGAAAUGUCGGAACAAAUUCUCUGAGGAGAGAAACCUCAGAGAAGCCCCUGAAAGCAUGUCUCUCCAGAACCCCAAAGGAUCCCUGCUCAACACCACAGGCUCCUCAGAGCAACAUGGGAGCAGCUGCAUCACGAACAUGAAUGUGAACGUCAUCAGCCCGGAGAAGGUUUCCUCCAGUGCGAGACGACGCUAUGAGACUCAGAUCCAAACCAGAUUACAGAAUCUUGGUAGCAAUUUGCAGAACAAGAGCAAUGACAUUGAGGUUCUGGCGGUGGAUCUGCAGAAGGAAACGCUGAUCAACUUCCUGUCUCUGGAGUUCGACAGUGAGGAGCAGUUCAACAGCAGCGUGAAGACUCUGCUGUCACGUCUCCCGAAGCAGCGCUACCUGAAGUCCAUCUGUGACGAGAUCCACCAUUACAAAAUGACAAAAAGGAUGGCCGUGGUCGUCUUAUACAGCUACAAGGACGACUUCUACAAGAUCCUCCUAUGAAAGCCUGAGGUUUUCCACUCGUCUGGGACACGUCUCACUUUGCUCGAAGCUCAGUUGACCCCAAGAAACUAUUUUCAAUGUUGGACCUACAGAAUCUGCUUGAAGACUGGAUUCAUAUCUUUUCCAUUUCGGAAAAACGCAGUUUUUCUUUUUAAACCCUAUUUCAGUAGUAACCAAACUAUUCAACCCAAAACUUUCCAGGGUUUCGUGGUCUCAAAAUGAGACGUUAACUCGACUUUGCCUUAAUAGAAUUAUGGAAUUUGAGGAAGGCCUUUUUUACUGAGGAGUAUGUGUCAUGAGUAUAAAUCGGUUUUACAUAUUGAAUUAGCUACAAAGUGGAUAGAAGAAAUAAAUCACUUAUUUUCCACA